CUCAUCUCAGGAGAUAUUCCAUCACAAGACCCUAGUAGUAACAGCAAACAGUUGUGCAUACAAGGAGGAUGGAUGAGAAUAUGGAGUGGAAUGAAAAUUAUGAAAUUGAAGAAGAAGAAGAGUUUAAACCAGUAGAAGAAAGCAAAAUGAGUUGGAUGAUGAAAAAAGGAUGGAAUAUAGGGAAGAAAGUCAUGAUAACUGGAGCAACAAUCUCAUCUGCUCCAAUAGUUCUACCUCCUUUAAUGAUUUAUUCAACUAUUGGGUUUGCUUUUGCUGUUCCUUUUGGUUUUGUUUUUGGGAGUUAUGCUUGUACAGAGAAACUCAUGAGCAAGUUGUUAUGGAGACCUGAAUAUGAAGAACAAUACCAAGGAGGAGGAGUUGAAGAAGAAGAUGGUGGUUAUUAUGGAGAGGGUAUGAUGAGGAUGGAUGAGGAGGAAAAGAGAUUUAUUGAAGAUACAAAAGGAACUUUAGAAACCAGAAUUGAGUUUGUUGGAGUCGGAGAAGAAAAUUUGGGGUUUGGUGUAGAACCUGUGAAGGUGGAGGAAGUGAGAGGGGAUGAAGAAAUGGGGGAUUCUACUGGUGGUGGUGGGAACAGUUUUGGACAAGGGGAAAUUCUUGAAAAUGUGGGGUUUGGUGUAGAACCUGUGAAGGUGGAGGAAGUGAAAGGGGAUGAGGAAAUGGGGGCUUCUACUGGUGGUGGUGGUGGUGGGAACAGUUUUGGAGAAGGGGAAAUUCUUGAAAAUGUUUACCGUGUAGGUGAUAUCGAAGAGGUGGAAGAGGAAGACAAUUUGAGAAGAAGGAUGGAGGAGUUUGGAGGAAAUGAAAUUUUAGAAGAUGGAAGAGUACUUCCAAUAGAAGUUGUAGAAUGGAAUAUGGCUGAUGUUGAAGUAGAGGACCAACCGGUGAAAGGAGUAGUAAGUGAUGAGAUUGAAGAGAUUGGGGUUAGUGAGGACAAUUUGGAUAAGGUCUUAGAAGAUGAGCAGGAGAGGGUUGAUGUGAAUUUGGAUAACGGGGAGGGUACUGAAGAAGAGAAUUUAGCUAGGGAAAGAUAUGGAGAUGUAGAUGUAGAUGUAAGGGUGGAAGAAGAGGAGACAGUACCGUUACAAAACAUGAAGGGGAUGGUUAAAGAAGAAAUUGAGGUGGAGACUCCAUUAGAAUUGAAUGUGGAGAACAUUGAAGGUGGAAUGGAGUCGGUAGGAGAGGAAGUAGAAGUUCAUGACCAGAAUGAUCUUACUGAGGAUGUUAGGGAAGAAGACAUUCAGUAUGAGGUUCUGCAAGAUGAUGAACAGAAGAUUGUAAGCGAGUUUUUGAAUGACAGUGAAGCGGAAAAUUCAGUGGGUGGUAUGAAUGGUAAUGUGGAAGAGAAUGGAAUCAUCGAUAUAGCAGCGGAAGAAGAGGAGAGACCUUUACUAGAUGUGAAGGAAACGGGUGGACAAGAAAUUGAGGAGGAGAAUCCGUUAAACAUGAACGUGGAGGACUUGCAAGAAGGGCAGUACGUUGGGGCCGAGGGAGUUGUAGAAGAAAAUGUAGAUGAGAGAAUGUUGGUCAAGGACAUAGCAGGGGAUGAGAAGCCUGUCUAUGAGAUGCAUCCAUUUGGAGAGGAGAGACCUUUACUAGAUGUGAAGGAAAUUGGUGGACAAGAAAUUGAGGAGGAGAAUCCAUUAAACAUGAAUGUGGAAGACUUGCAAGAAGCGCAGUACGUAGGGGCCAAGGGAGUGCCAGAAGAAAAUGUAGAUGAGAGGAUUUUGGUCAAGACCAUAGCAGGGGAUGAGAAGCCUAUCUAUGAGAUGCAUCCAUUUGGAGAGGACAUAAGUUCUGAACUGAAUUUCGAUGAUGUUGCACAAGAAGAGAAUUACAUUGUUAUAGAGGAAGGAAACCGGCUAAUAGCUGCUGAUAAAGUGGUCGAAGAAGAAAGGAGAUAUAAUGAAGAACAUGUUGACAGUCCUGUUGCCAAAGAGGAACUUUUGAUGUCUGAAAAGCUGGAUGACAAAGAAAAUGUGAAAGCAAUUAGCGCACCGGAGGGUGUUGUCGUUAAAAGUGGAGAUGAUCAAAAUGUGGAUGUGCACCAAAAAGGGGAGAUGCCAGUAGAGGCACGAGGUGUUCGGUUUAAAGAAGAAACUCCAGUGGCGAGAGAAACCAGUGUUGGCGAAGUUGUGGAUGACGAGGGAGUGAUUGAUGAAAGGAAAGAUGAGGGAUUCACUGAUAUCAUGGCACUGAGGGAGAAGAAGCCUUUAAGGGAGAAUUCAGAAGCAUGGGAUGCGAGAGAGGCUGCUGAUGAAAGUGGACUUCAUUUGUAUGAGGAACACGAUGUGUAUGGGGACAAUUACGCUUCAGAGUCAAAGGAUGCGAGAGACAUUUCUGAUGAUAGUGGACUUCAUAUGUACAAUGAAAACGCUGUAUAUGGUGAUAAUUAUGCGUCAGAAGCGAAGGAUGCAAGAGAGAUUGCUGAUGAAAGUGGAUUUCAUUUGUAUGAUGAAAACUAUGUAUAUGGUGAUAAUUAUGCAUCAGAGGCCAAUGAAGCUCAUGAAGAUGAAGUGUUACCUAUGAGUACUUCAUAUGAUUCUUCCCCAUUAGACAAGUUGGAUAGCCAGAGUCAAACAGUUAAUGGAUCUGCAGUUGACGAGCAGCCUUCAGAUAGCUUGCGCGGGGAAAUAUCAGACUCUAUGGUAGUUAAUGGAUUUGCAGUUAAGAAGCAACCUUCAGACCACUUGCGCGAGGAAAUAGCAGACUCUGUGGUCUGUCCUAUUCCAUUAGAUGUAGCUGAUGGAGGUUCUGCUAAAGAGUCGGAGGGAGUUGUCAUAAGAAGUGGAGAUGAUGAAGAUGUGGAUGUGCACAAAGGAGAGGAGAUGCCAAAAGGGGAGACUCCGGGAAUUCAAAAAGAUAACUCAAUAGAAGAAAGUACUCAGAUGACAAGAGCGGGGGGAGGUGGAAACAUCAUGGAUGAAGUCCGUGAUAAAGAUGUAAAGAAACCAGUGGAGGAGUCAGUGGAAAAGAUGGAAGUCGGUGGAAUUGAAGAAAAUGGUGCCAAAAUUGUAAUUCCGGAAAAAAGUGGAGUGUUCGCAGAGAGGAAAGAUUUGGGAAUCGCUGAUAGCUUGGCACUGAAGGAGAAGAAACCUGUCAGGGAGACUGAAAUGGCGGCUCUUCGUUCGGCAAAGCAGGACGGGAGCGAGGUUGUUGAUGAAAGCGGACUUCAUUUGUAUAAUAAAAACAAUUUACAUUCUGAAAAGUAUGCUUCUGCAACAGAUGGAACUCAUGAAGACGAAGUAUUACCCGUCAGUACUCCAUAUUAUUCUUCUGCAUCCAAUGCUACCCUGGACAAUCAGAGUCAUUCAGUGAAUGGAGCUGCAGUUGGGAAGCAACGUGUUUCGAAAACAUUGCACGAGGAAAUAGCAGAUUCUGUACUCCAUCCUAUUCCAUCCAGAGUAGCUGACCGUGGAUCUGUGGAAGAGGCAUCCAUGAGGAACAAAAAUAUUCCUUCUGAACAGGUCAUUUACAGUGAAGAAAAGAUACGGGAAAAGAUCGGUGCGCUGCGGAAAAUAGUUGGUUACCAAGCUGUCAUGCAAACAACCUGCAUUGAAGAACUUAAAGCUCUCUACAUUUUCACAGGCGUGGAGCCACCAUUUGCAUUCAAGGAUCCAGCUGAUCUUGAAGAAAUCAAUGAUAAGCUUCGUCUCCUCAUGUUGAUAGUUGGUGUCAAAUAA